UUGGACUCGGUAUUAUUUGCAAGGAAAGACAUUUUGGUAUUCCAUGAAGGGCGUGGUAAAAAAGGCAAGCCGACAGGUUGGGUGAUUCAUCAAUACCAGAUAACGCUGGACGAACUUGAUGGCACGCGUCCCGGUCAGUAACUGACAAGAAGUACAAAAUACAUGGUUGAGAGGGGGGGUUCCCUCCAGGAAAAGCCCAGGCCUCAAGGCACAAUAAGGACUUGGGCCCAUUGGGCAGGAACAGAAUCAUGCUUGGGGCCCGAAACGGGAAGUAAGAGUACAGGACCUGUGACACGUCGAUCCAUCUAGAGAGAUCUGCGCCCAGGCUUGACUCGGCCAAUGAGCCCAUCAUGAACAGGGAUAACCUGAGAUCCGAGUGGUCAGUAGAGUCCUGCUAGGAAGGGCCUGACAGAUGCUGCCCCAGAGCCAGGGCGGCUGGGUAUGUCCAAGAAUGGGUGCCCCUAAGCAAAGGCACGUCGCAUUAAAUGGAACGUGGAGGAGUGUAUGCCACCACCAGAGGCCACGCUGCAUUCAAUGCAUGUUAGGGGAGCUAUGCACGCAACAACAACGUGUAGCCUGAGGUGUCGAAGGACGGCACGACCAUGACCUGACACCUCGUCGCCUGACAGGGACGCUGGUGACCGGUCUGACCCAUGUACGACCUGAUAUCCCAUGAUUUUCCUCAGCGACCAGGCCCAAGUCAGGUAUAAAUACGCCAGUGCCACUAAGGUGAAGUCUCUAGACUCUUCUUCUUUGUGGUUCUCUUGAUUUCUCUUCACCACUUAAAGGAGUCCUAUCUGACUUGGGCAUCGGAGGGACCCCAGACCUUACCAGAGCCCAUCCUUCACCUUUGUUGCAGGAUUCGAUGUUGGGCCAUCGUGGAACUGCUCGGGUUACAAAACACGACAUUAACAAUGGGAUGGAUGGCUUGGGAUACUGAUGCUAGUCUCAACUUUUUGGUUCCUGAUGUGUGGCAUCUCUCGUCAUGUGAGACCCUUUCUACUCAAUCGUUUUUUUUAUCAAGAAGAUGAGAGUCGCGUUCAAAACUUCAAAUAUGCUGAGCUUGCUGUUCCAUUUAGACAUCAAGCAUUAGAAGUGCAAGCUACUACAACACCUGAGAAUAUUGGCAAAACAAUAUCUACCACUAUAACACCUGUAGAUCGUGAUGGCAAAAGUUUUAGCACUCACGCUGCAGAGAAUCAAUUCGGAGAACUUACAGCACUUAGUAAUUGUAAUCAAAAUGGUUAUAAUGCUACAGCUAGUGAGUUCCAGGAUGGCUUUGGUGAGUCUGAUCUACAAGUGCCAAUAGAUUGGAGCUUGUCCUCGCCACUCACCUCUGAUAUGCAUUUUGGCAUAUCUCACUCCGUCAGCAAUGACUACAAGAGUCAUUGUGGGACGUCUUCUGAGUAUGGCAUGAAUGAGCUUUCCAAAUUUGGUGACAAGUUUCCGGAUUUGGCAUCUGAUUAUCUUAGUGAGAACUUUCCAAAUUUGUUUGGCUGUCAAAAGGAUCUCCCUUUGGUCUCGAUGAAGGACAACGGAUCAUGCAGUGGUCUAGAUGCCAUAAUGGCCAAUGAAUCGUUCCAGGAUGGCUUUGGUGAGUCUGAUCUACAAGUGCCAAUAGAUUGGAGCUUGUCCUCGCCACUCACCUCUGAUAUGCAUUUUGGCAUAUCUCACUCCGUCAGCAAUGACUACAAGAGUCAUUGUGGGACGUCUUCUGAGUAUGGCAUGAAUGAGCUUUCCAAAUUUGGUGACAAGUUUCCGGAUUUGGCAUCUGAUUAUCUUAGUGAGAACUUUCCAAAUUUGUUUGGCUGUCAAAAGGAUCUCCCUUUGGUCUCGAUGAAGGACAACAGAUCAUGCAGUGGUCUAGAUGCCAUAAUGGCCAAUGAAUCGUUCCAGGAUGGCUUUGGUGAGUCUGAUCUACAAGUGCCAAUAGAUUGGAGCUUGUCCUCGCCACUCACCUCUGAUAUGCAUUUUGGCAUAUCUCACUCCGUCAGCAAUGACUACAAGAGUCAUUGUGGGACGUCUUCUGAGUAUGGCAUGAAUGAGCUUUCCAAAUUUGGUGACAAGUUUCCGGAUUUGGCAUCUGAUUAUCUUAGUGAGAACUUUCCAAAUUUGUUUGGCUGUCAAAAGGAUCUCCCUUUGGUCUCGAUGAAGGACAACGGAUCAUGCAGUGGCCUAGAUGCCAUAAUGGCCAAUGAAUCGUUCCAGGAUGGCUUUGGUGAGUCUGAUCUACAAGUGCCAAUAGAUUGGAGCUUGUCCUCGCCACUCACCUCUGAUAUGCAUUUUGGCAUAUCUCACUCCGUCAGCAAUGACUACAAGAGUCAUUGUGGGACGUCUUCUGAGUAUGGCAUGAAUGAGCUUUCCAAAUUUGGUGACAAGUUUCCGGAUUUGGCAUCUGAUUAUCUUAGUGAGAACUUUCCAAAUAUGUUUAGCUGUCAAAAGGAUCUCCCUUUGGUCUCGAUGAAGGACAACGGAUCAUGCAAUGGUCUAGAUGCAAAAUUGGCCAACACACCGUUUGAGUCAACAUUUCAAGGUUCUGGAGAGAGCAGAAAAAGAAAAGCUUCAUCAGGGUUGCUAAAUCUGGAAUCCCCACAUGGUAUCAAUGGGAAGGUCUUCAAAUCAGAUCUAGGAUCUGAUUUUAUUCCGAAGAAUUACUGAAAUUCUUCGCAGGAUGAGUCUUAACUAAAGGCUCAAUCCUAAAUUCCCAAAAUCUUCGUACUUCUGCGAGAUAAUUAUUUCCCAACUAGUAUCCCAAACCUCCCAACAUAUUUUAUUUUGCUCAGCUUCUAAUUCCCUUCCAUUUCCAACUCCAGUAUCUAAACACCAUAUCAACACUAUUUUAAGAAGCCAUUGCCAAUUCCAGGUUUUAACAUUGAACCACAAUUCCAUGGGGAACCUCCUUGGAAGUUGUGCAAAAAGGUUUUCUCCUGGACAUGCAUUUCCCUCCAAUCAAUUUCUAGAAACUUGCCUGCUUUAAUCUCACCCAAUGAUACACAGUUGAUUCCAAAUUCUAACAUUCCACCAAAGCCUCCCAUGAGCCCAGACUUGUUACAGUCUAAAACCCUUUCCAAUUUCCUGAACUUUUCCUAAGCCGGCAAAUAACUCAAGCACAAAUCUCAAAAGCCCAAACCCUUUUUAUCAUGUUGUACAGUCUCAGACUCGAAAAAUACACCAGCCACACAAUCCAUAAUCCAAAAGACCUAGAAAAACCAAAUCUACCCAGCUAUUAGUUUCUCCACAGCUUAUAACUAGAACCAAAAAAAUGAAACUUAAGCCAGAAUGGCCCUCAAGUUUCAUGGAUGAUGCCGUUCUGAACGAUUAUCACACUACAAGAAAAAUGGACAAUUGCGACCAAUUAAUAGUAACGAAAAGACUAUUAGCAAUCAAAAUUAGUUGCUAAUAGUCUUUUCGUUGCUAUAAAUUGAGAUUGCAAAAGCCUGUUUUUCUUGUAGUGUCACUUUUGAUAAUCGUAAGAAUGAUGCCGUUCGCAAGAAUGAUGACGUUCUGAACGAUUAUCACUUUAGAUAAUUGUAAGAAUGAUGCCGUUCUGAACGAUUAUCACUUCUGAACGAUGAUCGUAAGAAUGAUGCCCAUAUGAACUCAUAAUCAUAUGGAUGAUGCCAUGCUGAUCAAUAUGAUCAAUGAUGCCCAUAUGAACUGAUAAUCAUAUGGAUGUGACCAGAUAAUUAUCAGAACCAUCUAGAACAGAGGUUCUGAUAAUCAUCUGCUUGUUACUAAAUCAAACGAGACACGAUGUCUAUUGAUCUGGGAAAGAUAGUGUCGUCUAUCUGCUCUGUGGUUUUUCUGGUUUACCGACUUUCAAGAACUGUUCAAGACUUCAUGGAGGAUUUUACACAGCUAUAUUUGUGAUGGGGAGAAAAUGUAUCACCACAUAAGUGACUGUGGAAGAUUAGUAACCAUGGAAGAUUGACAAAGACUUGUACUUUUAUUUAAGCUACUUUAUGAUUCCUGUAAGUAAUGUUUGCUUGUACUUUGACAAUGGAUACUUUGUAAAUAAUGUUGUGUUCUAUUAAAGCGUUUGUUAUAAGACCAAAAUACUAUCGGUUGCCUUCCUACAGGAGUCUAGAAGCACUUGGAAGGAUAACAUUUCCUUCGAGAGCUAUGAAACUUGUACGCAGUUUGAAGAUAACCCUCUUAGUCGGUAUGCAUGAUGACAGAAGUUUUUGAACUGAUUUAUUUAGUGGUGAAUUAUUUUGGUAUUUAUAAUGAUAGUUCUCAUUAUUGUUGA